AUGCCGUGGACUGUUACUAAUUCGUUCAAGAGGGGCCUCAUGAAAACUUACGGGAGACCGGUCCGUCGCGGGCACGAUGACAACAACAAUAACACCCACCACCACGCAGCCAAGAAGCGACGCGUAGAGCCCGCUGACGACUCCGACGAUGCCGAGACCAACUUGCAAUCUGCCAUCCGCGAGUCUUGUUCAGCAGCCGUCGUGGCCAUGUCGAGUCCGUCGCGUCGCAACUCGGUCAUCUUCUCGGAAGCGACCCAGGAGGACGACCUGCUCUCCACGCCACCGUCAUCGCCGCCGCCGCCGCGUCUGACUCCUCCGCCAGCAAACACGCGCAAACCCACAUUCUCGUUUUUGAAGCGCAAGAAAUCUGCCCUCAAAGAGCAGCAGCAGCCUGCCAACGGGGCGCCGUUGGCAGAGGUGAACUCCAACAGCGUCCGCUCGCUGCUGACCGACAAGAAGAGUCAGCAACCGCAACCGCAACCGCAACAGCAGCAGCAGCAGCUGCCGCCCGUGCUGAAGCAGCUCCAGAUCGAUGCUGGCAUCACUGUGCGAAAAAGCUGCAACUCAUGUGGCAUGGAAUAUGUGCCGUCUAAUAGCGAAGACUCGGAUCUCCACGACAAGUUCCAUUCGAUGAACUCGGUGGGCAUCGAUCUCGGAAAGGCCUUUGUGAAAGCGAACGCGUCCCGCUGGGUAUAUGAGGCUGCGCGAUGCGACGACGGCUAUGUAGUGAUUGUCGACCGCAAGGCCUCUCCCUCGGCUCGAAACCAGGCGAAAAAGGUUCUCGACGUCGUCAACAGAGAGCUGUCGUCUCCUGUAAUUGACGAAAACCAGCUGUGGAGCCAAGUCGAGCCCCCGAAGCGGCUGCGCAAGAAUGGAAAGAAAGAAGAGACCGAUCGAUACAAAGUGUUCCUCCACAUGAAGGACAGCAAGUGCAUGGGGCUCUGUCUCGCCGAGCGGAUAUGGGAAGCAAAUCCCGUGAAGCUGGACGCAGCACAAAAGAAGGACAACGGCGACCAUCACAGUUCGUCCAUCAGCGUGGAAGAUACCCUGGACCCGGCCAUCGUCGGGGUGUCGCGCAUCUGGACGUGCGGCGAGGCGAGACGGCGGGGAAUUGCCAUGGACUUGCUGGACUGUGUCAUCAACAAUUUCAUCUACGGGCUCGACAUACCCAAGGAGCAGAUUGCCUUUACGCAGCCCACCGAGAGUGGAAGCCGUCUGGCCAAGUGUUUUUUCGGCGUGGACGAGCCGUGGCACGUAUAUAGCGAGAGCUUCUCUGACUCAUAA